CCCGCCAUGCUGCUGGGCCCCUGGCUGGUGGCGGCAGCGGCGGUGGCGGCGGCGGGCGCCGGGGCAGGCUGCCCGGUGCUGUGCACGUGCCGCGGGCAGGCGGUGGACUGCAGCGGGCAGAGGCUCUUCUCGGUGCCCCCCGAGCUGCCGCUGGACACCAGCAACCUCAGCCUGGCUCACAACCGGAUCGCCAGCAUCCCGCCCGGGUACCUGGCCUGCUACGGCCAGCUGCGCGCCCUCGACCUGCGCAACAACUCUCUGUCGGCGCUGCCAGCCGGGCUCUUCGCCGGCGCCCACCGCCUGGCACACCUCGACCUCAGCCACAACAACUUCAGCCUGGUGCCGGCCGACAUGUUCCUGGAGGCCAGCGGACUGGUGCGCCUCGACCUCAGCCACAACCCCGGGCUGCGCCGCCUCCACCCCCAUGGCUUCCGCGGGCUGGCGCAGCUGCGGGAGCUGGACCUCAGCUACGGAGGGCUCUCGGCCAUCAGCCUGGACACCCUGGAGGGGCUGCCGGGGCUAGUGGGCCUCCGUCUGGGGGGCAACCCCUGGGUGUGCGGCUGUGCCAUGGAGCCCCUCCUCAAGUGGCUGCGGGGACACAUCCAGCGCUGCGCCUCGGAUCCGCAGCUGGCCGAGUGCCAGGCGCCCCCCGAGGUGGCCGGAGCCCCCCUGUUCUCGCUGACGGAGGAAAGCUUCCAGGCCUGCCACCUCACGCUGACGCUGGACGACUAUCUCUUCAUCGCCUUCGUCGGCUUCGUUGUCUCCAUCGCUUCGGUGGCCACCAACUUCCUGCUGGGCAUCACUGCCAACUGCUGCCACCGCUGGAGCAAGGCCAGUGAAGAUGAGGACGUUUAG